CACAGUUAAAUUACCCACAACCGCCUGCUUCUCUCGAGAAGUUUCUCAGUUGUUUACUGACUAAAUUCGGGUGAUAUCUCGCAUUCUAAGUGUUUUUGUUUCUUUUCUCGAACAUCUGUAAAAAGAGCUGCAAUGGCGCAGUACAAAGGAGCGGCCAGUGAAGCGGGCAGAGCGAUGCAGCUCAUGAAGAAGAGAGAAAGAGAGCGAGAACAGCUCGAGCAGCUCAAACAGAAGAUCGCAGAGGAUAACAUGGUGAAGUCCAACAUUGAUAAGAAGUUCUCUGCUCACUAUGAUGCUGUAGAGCAAGAGCUCAAAUCCAGCACUGUGGGUCUGGUGACUCUGAAUGACAUGAAGGCAAAGCAAGAAGCUCUGGUUAAAGAACGUGAGAAACAGCUUGCCAAGAAAGAGCAAUCAAAAGAGUUACAGAUGAAACUGGAGAAACAGAAGGAGAAGAAAAGAAAGGAAGAGCAAAAAAGAAAGAUUGCAAGUUUAUCUUUCAAUCCAGAUGAAGGAGAGGAUGACGAGGAAGAUGACGACGACGAGGAGGAAGACGAGGAGGAGGAGGAGGAUGAUGAGGAAGAUGAGGAGGAAGAGGAAAUUGAAGAGGAGAUAUGCCUACCUUUAAAGAAGAAGAAGAAACUGGGGAAGAACCCAGAUGUUGAUACAAGUUUCCUGCCAGACAGGGACAGAGAGGAAGAAGAGAAUCGUUUGAGAGAGGAGCUUAGGCAGGAAUGGGAGAGAAAACAGGAGAAAAUCAAAAGUGAAGAGAUCGAAAUCACUUUCAGCUACUGGGAUGGCUCAGGGCAUCGAAAAACUGUCAAGAUGAAGAAAGGAAACACAAUUCAACAGUUUCUCCAAAGAGCCCUGGAGGUUUUGAGGAAAGACUUCAGUGAGUUGAGGUCAGCAGGAGUGGAGCAUUUAAUGUAUAUUAAGGAGGAUUUAAUCAUCCCACAUCACCACAGUUUUUAUGAUUUCAUCGUGACAAAGGCAAGAGGCAAAAGUGGGCCGCUCUUCAAUUUUGAUGUGCACGAAGAUAUUCGGCUGGUGAACGAUGCCACAGUUGAAAAAGACGAGUCUCAUGCAGGAAAAGUGGUGCUGAGGAGCUGGUAUGAGAAAAAUAAACACAUCUUCCCUGCCAGCCGCUGGGAGCCUUACGACCCCGAAAAGAAAUGGGACAAAUACACUAUUCGGUGAGCUGGCACUCUACAGUCACAGGAUACGCAGAAACAUCUUGUUGUUUUAUAUUUUGAUUUUAAUUACACCAGACAGCAUACAGAGUCUGCUAUCUUGCGUAGAAAUGUCUAGUGUCUGGAUCUUUGUUGCAUGCUUUCAUUGUAAAUAGGCGACGCUACAACCUAAAUUGAGGCAGAUGAAGAUUUGUGUACUUUUUGUCAUUGGCUCAUAGUCUGAUCUUGCACUUGUUGUAGCAAGUAGAUGAAACAAGCUUAACCUCAUGUUUUUUUUGGUAAAGCAAUGUGCAACCUGUAUGGAUUCUAUUCAUGUUCAUGAUUGUAAAUAGGAUCUUUCUCAGUAUUUUAUUCAUCAUGCCUGUCAUUGCAUUAAAGCUUGUUCAAAAAUA